GCACCGUCUAAUCCCUCAUUUCCUAGGAGACGGUGGUAUUGCUAGUACCAAAAGCUAGCUGCAGCUUAUCCAAAAGGCGCCAAACCAUGGCUCUCAUCCGCCACCAACUCUCUCCUCCUCCGUCACUUCCCUCCUCCCACAGCCACCCUCCACCAAACCACCACUUCCCAAAACCCUGCCUCUUCGUAUUCUCCAAAAACCUCAGACUCUUCUCUCUCUACUCAGCUCCGCCCACUCCCUCCUCUCUCUCCUCCGCUCCCAUUUUCCUCCCCUUUCUUCAAAACCAAGAGGAAGAAGACGAAGACGAAACUGAAGAAGAAAAAGAAGAGCCACCAGCACUCGAAGAAGAUGAAGAAGAGGAGGAGGACCCAGAUGAUCCAAUUCUCAGAUUCUUCAAGUCCCGCACUUCAACCCAAGACCCUGAGCGCGAAGGCAAGUUCUCUCUCCAAAAGAACCGCCGCUCCGCUUGGCGUUUGGCUGACGAUACCCACCUCGCAGACGAAUCGGAACCCGAAACCGGCGUCAAAAAACUGCUCGGAGAACAGAAACAACAAGUUGGUCCAAUCAAAUUUGGUUCAAAUGCAUCGCCUGAGGGAAUUGUCGAAGAGAUUCUGCAAAAGGCAAGGACUUUGCCGCAGAAUUUGACGUUGGGAGAGGCUAUGGAGGGUUUCGAAGGAAGGGUUGGGGAGAAAGAGUGUGUGAAAGUAUUGGAGGUGAUGGGUGAGGAGGGGUUAUUGGUGGGUUGCUUGUAUUUCUUUGAGUGGAUGGGUUUGCAGGAGCCGUCUCUCGUUACGCCUCGGGCGUGUUCGGUUUUGUUUCCGAUGCUGGGGAGAGCUGGAAUGGGGGAUAAGUUGAUGAUUUUGUUUAGGAAUUUACCGGCCAAGAAGGAGUUCUGGGAUGUUCAUGUGUAUAAUGCUGCAAUUUCGGGCUUAAUGUGCUCCAAGAGGUACGAUGAUGCUUGGAAGGUGUAUGAGACUAUGGAAGCAAAUAAUACCCUUCCGGAUCAUGUGACAUGUUCAAUCAUGAUUACUGUCAUGAGAAAAGUUGGACGUAGUGCAAGAGAUUCAUGGCAGUUCUUCGAGAGAAUGAACAGGAAAGGUGUCAAAUGGAGUCAAGAAGUUUUGGGUGCUCUUAUAAAAUCAUUCUGCGAUGAGGGGUUGAAGAGUGAAGCCCUUAUCAUUCAAGUAGAAAUGGAGAAGAAAGGAGUCUCAUCAAAUGCCAUUGUGUAUAACACUUUAAUGGAUGCCUUUUGUAAUACAAACCAAGUUGAAGAAGCUGAAGGUCUCUUUGCCGAGAUGAAAUCAAGGGGGAUUAAACCAACAGCUGCCACCUUUAAUGUUCUAAUGAGUGCAUACAGCAGAAAAAUGGAGCCGGAGAUUGUUGAGAAGCUGCUGGUCGAAAUGCAGGAUAUGGGACUAAAGCCAAAUGUCAAAUCCUAUACUUGUCUUAUCAGUGCAUAUGGGAGGCAAAAGAAGAUGAGUGAUAUGGCUGCGGAUGCUUUUUUGAGGAUGAAGAAGGUUGGUAUUCGUCCAACAUCACAUUCUUAUACAGCUCUUAUUCACGCGUUUUCAGUCAGCGGCUGGCAUGAGAAGGCUUACAUUGCAUUUGAAAACAUGCAAAAAGAAGGACUAAAGCCCUCCAUAGAAACCUAUACUGCUUUACUGGAUGCAUUUAGGCGUGCUGGUGAUGUGCAGAUGUUGAUGAAAAUUUGGAAACUUAUGAUCAAAGAGAAGAUUGUGGGGACUAAGGUGACAUACAACACUCUUCUCGAUGGAUUUGCCAAACAAGGGCACUAUGUGGAAGCAAGAGAUGUGAUUUCCGAAUUUGGUAAUGUAGGCUUGCAGCCAACAGUGAUGACAUAUAAUAUGCUGAUGAAUGCGUAUGCACGGGGAGGGCAACACUCAAAGUUGCCACAGCUGUUGAAAGAGAUGGCAGCUCUCAAGUUAAAACCUGAUUCUGUAACUUACUCGACCAUGAUUUAUGCCUAUGUUCGUGUUCGUGAUUUCAGACGAGCAUUUUUCUACCACAAGCAAAUGGUAAAAAAUGGACAAGUGCCAGAUGCCAGGUCUUAUGAAAAGCUUAGGUCAAUUUUGGAUGUGAAAGCUGCACGGAAGAACAAAAAGGACAAGAGUGCUAUUCUCGGUAUAAUUAAUAGCAAAAUGGGUUUGUUGAAAGUUAAAAAGAAGGGAAAGAAAGAUGAGUUCUGGAAGAACAAGAACAAGCGUUAUGUCAGAACCGAUAACUCAGAGUGAUGUCAAUCUUCAGCUUAUCACUUUCUGCAUUUCUUUCAAAAGUUUCAGAAAGGUUAUGAGAUAGUAGUUGUUUCGUGUCUGGACUGCCUAAGUUGGAAAUUUGAAAAAAGCACCUCCACACAGAAGUUGUUAGGGUGAAAUUCUCUACAAGAUCUGCGUGAUCCUUCACAAAACAAGAAGAUUGGCUGCAGCUGAUGCAGGCUAGUCUCCGUUGAUACAACUAGAACUUCGGCUGCAAGGCUCAGGAGUGAGCUGACUGAAAACCGUUGAGGAAUAGUCGGCUUACGGAUUUGUUGUUCUUCCUGGUGCACAAGUUCCGGAUGGUUUCCCUUCCCAGGUCCACUUCUUUGCUCGGGUUGGCUGUUGAAGCCGGAGACCUAUUCAGUCUUCAAGAGGAUAACAUCCAAACUCUAUACAGACAGUCAGCAUUUGUUCCAAAAUCCAGUUGCAAUAUCUUUUUGUAUGCCUUGAUGCUGAAGAAUCCUCACCUAAUAUGGAUCAGCAUUGGGUGGGGCCCGGUCAGAGUUCAAACCGAACGAACUGGGCUGACCGGCCCUAAGAGGGUGAUAAUUGCACGUGCUAUUGGAUAAUUGGCAAUUAUUGUCUUAGUGAACCGUAAUCAUUCGAGGGUAGCUUUACUCUGCAAAUGAAUAGCACGGGCAAUUGACUUCAAAAAAUUAUUUUUUUCAUUAAUAAUAAAACAUCAUGUUUAAUUUCAAA